AUGAUAGCAAGCACUUUCACUGACACAGAAAACCCUAGCUCAAUGGAAGACUAUUCUCCAACUUCGUUCUUGCAGCAAUUCCCUGAUCCCUUUUUUGAUGAUGAUGAUAUCCUGGUACGUGAGCUCUUAUCGCAACAUUACCAGCAGGAAGUUUUGGGGUCUAAUACUCAUGCUUUGGCAGUUGAGACUCAGGAGACUAACCCUGCACCACCAAACGAGGAAACAAGAAAGAUCAGCAAUAAAAACAAGAAAGGUAAUAUUAAUACUCCAAAGCAGCCAAUUCGUCAAAGGCGAACAGGGAAGAAGGACAGGCACAGCAAGAUCCAUACUGCUCAAGGGCCGAGAGACCGUAGGAUGAGGUUAUCCCUUCAAAUUGCCAGAAAGUUCUUCGAUCUCCAAGACAUGCUCGGAUUCGAUAAAGCAAGCAAAACUAUCGAGUGGCUAUUUACAAAAUCGAAGGCCGCAAUCAAGGAGGUCACAGAUAGUGUUUCAAGAGUGAGAAAAAGCAGUAGUACUAGUGCUGGUGGCAAGAGCGUUUCUUCCACUUCUGAGAGUGAAGUUGUGUCAGGAAUCAAGCUGGCACCUGAUACUAAUGGAGACAUGAGAUUGAUGGAGGCAAAGAGUGACUCAUUAGCGAUCAAACCUAAAGAGAAAAGGAGUAAAAAAGCACAUAAACCAGCCUUUAAUCCUGUUGAUAGAGAGUCUAGGGAGAAGGCAAGAGCGAGGGCAAGGGAUCGAACUAGAGAGAAAUUGAAGAGCAAAGGCAUAGACAAGUCAAGCCAGUCUUCUCAAGCAAACCCUAACAAUUUGGAAAAUUUUGGGUGUUAUAGCCCACUUGAACAUGGUGAAAAUUUGGCUUCUGGCAGCCAAGAAAUUAAUUCUUCUGUGAAGAUUGUCGGCGAGGAAGAAGAAUCCAGCAAUCAUCAUCUCUUGCCACCGCAUCAAGUGGAUUCUGUCAGCAUCAUUGACAAAUUUUUUGGGAUCACAAAUUCACCAAGAUCAUCUUUGAUUUUCGAUUUCUCUGAGAGUGUUGCGGUUCCAAGUGGGGCUAAUUUGAAGGAUGAGUUUUCAGAGUUUCCUGUGAAUUGGGACGUGACAAAUGGUCGAGUCCAGUAUAAAUAUAGUGCACAGCCGAACAUGAAGUUAACAACAGGUAAUGUCCAAUCACAGAACCCUAAUGCAAUGUUCAUGACCACCCCACAUGCCCUAGAACAAAAAAGUGCAAUGCUCAUAACCACAUCAAACGCCCAUAUUGAAGAAAGCCCUAAUUCAGUUUUCAUGAACAUGCCAAAUCCCAAUGAACAAAACCCCAUUUCAAUUCUCAUGACCACCACAACAAAUGACAAUGGAAACCAAUUCUCCUCCGAUCCCAGUUUUGCCAGAGACUAUGACUGCUUAUAUUGA